AUGCCAUGCGAUUACGGUGUCCGUGAUGGCCCUAAGCCGAAACAUAUCGACCGCAAGGCGAUCCAUACUAGUCUAGAGGAAAGAAUCAAGUACCUCCACGACUUUCUGGAGUUUGGCUCUGCCGACAUCGAAGCGCUCGCCAGCGGCGCCAAGUACAUCAAGCAGCUCAUCCCCGCUGUCGUCAACCUGGUCUAUAAGAAGCUCCUCCAAUACGAUAUCACCUCUCGUGCCUUCCAUACCCGAACGACAGCCUGUGAAGACGAGUUAGAAGAAGACUUUCUUCACGAAGAGACGCCCCAAAUUCAGCGGCGCAAGAUGUUCCUCCGCUGGUACUUGACUCGCCUGUGUCAGGAUCCUACCAGUAUAGACUUUUGGCGAUAUCUGAAUAAGGUUGGGUUGAUGCACUGCGGCCAAGAACGCAUGGCUCCCCUCAACAUCGAAUACGUCCACAUCAACGCCUGCAUGGGCUACAUCCAAGACAUCUUCAUCGAAGCCUUGAUGUCGCACCCGCACCUCUCGUUGCGCCGGAAGAUCGCCCUCGUCCGUGCCGUCAACAAAAUUCUUUGGAUCCAAAACGACCUCUUCGCCAAAUGGCGCGUCCGCGACGGUGAAGAAUAUGCCGACGAAAUGUCGAUCUAUAGCUUUGGCUCUCGCGAGGGCUAUCUGGGCGACAAGAAGAUCCUUGGUAGUUCAUCUGGUAGUUCCGACGACGAUGAUCGAUCUAGUAUCACCAGUGUUGCGCCUUCCACGCAGAGCGCUGCUCCCUCGACGAAUACCACAGACACGACGCACACAGCGCAGACGACGCAGAGUGCACGGAGUGGUCCGACAAAGUCGUCGGCUUGUCCUUUUGCGGAGUUUUCGAAGGCGCAGUCGAUGGAGACGAAAAUUUGGGCGGAGUGA